ACACGUAAGGGAGACGUUCAAGACUAAACGGUGCAACUACAUUCUUUGUAGGUUAAAAAUUUAUUCUAAAAUCCAAAUUUUAGGUAAAAAGCAAAUUAAUUUGUAAUAUCAUGUGGAUAAUUCCAUUGUUUAAACAGCCAGCAUGUACAGUAGGCUAUAACAAACUAUCUUUUUUUGUCAAUAUGGUCACUAUGGAGCCUCUAAUGAAGACCUUUGUUCUCAGUUCGGAACCUAUUGUGCAGGUAUUGUGUAGUUCAUAUCUUGUAUAACAGUAUUGAACAAUACACGUUCUUGAACUCACCUUACUAUUACGUCAUGACGCAGGGGCGUGUCCUUUCAAAUGUCUUGUGGAAGCUCCACGCUUGUCUUAGACAGUCUUGCUAGCAGUGGCGUCCUGUAACUCCUAAGUAAUUUCCACUAAACUAUCCCAUGACCCAGUUUAACACAAGCUCUCACCUCACACAUUGUUAGCUUCAACAAGGAGCUCGAGACUCGCGUUAACUGUUGUUUGGCAUCCAACGAAGGGACGCAACCAAGAUGUCUAAAGACACGGAAAGGAAGAGCGAGAAAAUUAUGGAUAUGGAGAGCAAGGUGUUGUGGUACCCGGACUCCAAGAGGAAUACACAGAUGGAUAGGUUUAGGAUACGGGUCAACGGGAACUACGGACUUAAUCUGGUCAACUACAGUGACCUGUACCAGUGGUCGGUGGACAGCUACCCAGAGUUCUGGGCAGAGGUGUGGCGCUUCUGUGGCGUAGUCAGCUCCAAACCGUAUGAAGAGGUGGUGGAUGUAUCCAAGCGGAUCUCGGAUGUUCCGGAGUGGUUUAAAGGGGCUCGGCUCAACUACGCGGAGAACCUGCUCAAACAUGCAGACCAGGACAAAGUGGCUCUCUAUGCUGCUAUGGAGGCAAAUGAGGAGAUUGUGAAGGUGACUUUCGGGCAGCUGAGGCGUGAUGUGGCGUUGUUUGCUGCAGCCAUGAGGAAGAUGGGAGUCCAGACAGGAGACAGAGUUGUAGGCUACUUACCUAAUGGUAUACAUGCAGUGGAAGCCAUGUUAGCAGCAGCCAGCAUUGGAGCCAUUUGGAGCUCUACGUCUGUUGACUUUGGAGUCAACGGUGUCCUUGACAGGUUUUCUCAAAUCCAGCCCAAACUUAUCUUCUCUGUUGCUGCUGUAGUUUACAACGGCAAAACACAUGACCACAUGGAAAAGCUGAUCAACGUUGUCAAAGGUCUGCCUGACCUGAAGAAAGUGGUUGUGAUUCCUUAUGUUUGCUCCAAACAGGAGACUGACCUCUCCAAGAUCCCCAACAGUGUAUUUAUAGAUGAUUUCUUGGCAUCUGGGUGUGGAGAGGCCGACCAGUUUCCUCAGUUAGAAUUUGAGCAGCUUCCAUUCAGUCAUCCUCUGUUCAUCAUGUACUCCUCUGGAACCACAGGAGCUCCUAAAUGCAUGGUCCACUCUGCUGGGGGCACACUUAUCCAGCACUUGAAAGAACACGUCCUCCAUGGCAAUAUGACCAGCAGUGAUGUCAUCAUUUACUACACUACAACCGGCUGGAUGAUGUGGAACUGGCUGGUGUCUGCACUGGCAGUGGGAGCCUCAGUGGUUUUAUAUGAUGGUUCACCCCUUAUGCCCACACCCAAUGUACUGUGGAACCUGGCAGACCAGCUGGGCAUCACUAUCUUUGGCACCGGGGCCAAGUGGCUGGCUGUGCUGCAGGAGAGGAACCUGAAACCUGCAGAAACACACAACCUUCAGUCUCUCCACACUAUUCUGUCUACUGGAUCUCCUCUCAAACCUCAGAGCUAUGACUACGUCUACCGCUGCAUCAAGAGCACUGUGCUGCUGGGCUCCAUUUCAGGCGGCACUGAUAUAGUGUCAUGUUUCAUGGGCCAGAACCCAACAGUUCCAGUGUAUCGGGGCGAGAUCCAAACAAGAAACCUCGGCAUGGCUGUGGAAGCCUGGAACCUUGACGGUAAGCCUGUAUGGGGAGAGAGUGGGGAGCUGGUCUGCUUGAAGCCAAUCCCCUGCCAGCCAACACACUUCUGGAAUGAUGAGAAUGGGAGCAAAUACCACAAAGCAUACUUUUCUACAUAUCCUGGUGUAUGGGCCCACGGAGACUACUGUAAAAUCAACCCAAAGACAGGAGGCAUCGUCAUGCUGGGCAGGAGUGACGGUACAUUGAACCCAAACGGAGUCCGAUUUGGCAGCUCAGAGAUUUACAACAUUGUGGAGGCGUUUGAGGAAGUGUCAGACAGUCUUUGUGUUCCUCAGUACAGUGCUGACGGAGAAGAGCGAGUUAUUUUGUUCUUAAAGAUGGCGCCAGGUAAGGCCUUCUGUCCGGAGUUGGUGGCGAAGAUUAAAGGAGCCAUUAGGAAAGCUCUGUCUGCACGACAUGUCCCUGCCCUGCUGCUGGAGACCAGGGACAUUCCUUACACCAUCAGCGGUAAGAAGGUGGAGGUAGCUGUGAAGCAGGUGAUUGCUGGCCGUGAGGUCGCUCAGAGAGGAGCUUUCUCCAACCCUGAUUCACUGGACCUCUUCAAGAACAUUCCUGAACUGCAAAAUUAUUAGGCAUGUGGCUUCACGGAGCUGGAGAAAGGACCUACAAAUCAGAACCUUAGUUAGAACUUAGUUUUUAAAUUAACUUUGUUCCGAUUUACAGGGAUGAAGAAAUGUGAAGUGCAAGGGGUGGUUUACCAAGGCACCCUGAGGUCUAUACAGCACAUACAAAAGUAAAAAUUAUACAUAUAUAUCAGGCAGAUGAGAGACUUAGAAACAAGUGUACUGCUCUAUAGGCUACUAAUUUUAGUCUGUUGUGUUGUGAAGUAAGUGUUGAACUGGAUUCAGCUUUGGAUGUAAUAUAAGCAGCAGUGCUUGUGAAUAAGUUCAUGGUCUGAAGCCAGUGACAAUGAAGAAGUGAAACUUAGCAUUAAGCACUUUGCUUUGGUUUCACAGGUUGAUCGCUAUCAGCCAGUGAACAACUGUAUCUUUCCGUCACCUGCUCAGCUCAUACCACCUUAGUGAGGUGUGUGUUGCUUUAUUCUUUGUAUAAGUAUUAAUAUACAUACUGUAUGAUAAGAACCGCUUCAUUUGGCCAAUUUGUCUCCAGUACAGAACCGAGGCAGCCAUCUGCUGCGCCAGCUCACACGCACACCGAUGGUGGGUGCUGGCCCUUUAAAGCAACUUGGAGUUCAGUGUCUUGCCCAAGGGCACUCGAACCCCCUGAGCUAAAUGUAAUCCUUGCACCUAUCAGCCUACCGGUAUAUAUUUUUGGACUUUGACAUUGCAUUAACAUAAUAGUUUUACAUUUUAAGAUACAGUAUAUACCCUUACCUGUUAACCACAGCAGUCCAUAGAUUCCUAGAGUAGUUCAUAACAUGCCAGCAGUGGUAGUUUGAAUAAAUUUCACAUAAGACAAAACUUAAUGAGCUUUUGUUUCGUAUGUUACAUUCCCAUAUUAUCUUAACCUUCAUCUGUAUUUUGGUCACAUUCUCCCUCAUUUUUAAACAAGUCAGCGUUGCACGUUUGUCAUAACUCUCAUGUGCCUGAAUUAUUUAGUCAAAGUUUCCUCAUGGUGUGUUGUAAAACUUAAAGGCUCAUUAAUACUGCUGCAGAUGAACUGUAAUGGUUUUGGUCACUAGCAGCACCACUGAACAACAUGGGUGUACAAAAACAAAAACACUAAUCACUUCAGUUUCUUACUGGGAGAAGCAAAAUACCCGACCAGAAUGUGAACAGUGGAGAAAUCAGAUUUAAAUGCUCUUUGGAGAAAAAUGAAGCUGGAGGAAGCAUACAGAGGUAGCAUUUUACUUAGAGGGCUUUUUGUGAUUUUUAAGGAUUCUUGUUAAGUGCCUAACUCUAGAGUCUGAGUCGAUUCUCAAGUCCUCAGUGUUUGAGUCUGGGUCACCAAAGAAUAGUCAGUCGAGUCUGAGUUGAGUCACUGUUAACCAAGUUCGAGUCAUCAAGGUCUACAUUAAACCCAACUGGUGAAUAAUGCAUCACCCACAUUGAGGAUAUCAAGACCUGAGAUUCCAAACGUUCUAACCGUGUACUGUCAGCAUAUUGCUUGUAGAUAUGAUGCAUAAAAACCAUUUAUAGAAAAGUGGGGUGUAGUCUUUGAUGAAAGUGGUCUGAAUACAGCAUGGUGCUGGUGAACAGGUUUUAAUAUCAAGAUGGGAAGUUAAAUUAUUAUGGCUUAUUGCAAAAAAAGGG